AUGGGCUAUUCCAAGGAACUGGCGAUUGCGACAAAAGUUCUUGGCGUCGUCCUCGAUCUAGCACUGUACCGCAAGGGUGCGGCCUUUGUUGGCCAUGUACCUGCGAGCUGGCAUCACAAACGAACAGAGGGGGGGACGAGUUACUUGGCCUUGCCAAUUGGCCCUUCUCGGUUCCUGGCAGCUCUGCGACUCUUGCGCUGGACAUUUCAUCCUUCCUCACUGGAUGCUCUGCCUGUCGACGAUGUGCUUGCGGCUGGCCGCCCUGCCUCGGGAAGCCUUGUUUGUGAUACCAAGAAGGGUGCCAACCUCUUCAAGACCCGCUGUGCUCAGUGCCACACCCUGGAGGCUGGUGGCGGCAACAAGAUCGGCCCUGCUCUGCACGGCCUCUUCGGCCGCAAGACCGGCUCCGUCGACGGCUACGCCUACACCGAUGCCAACAAGCAGAAGGGCAUCACCUGGGACGAGGAGACUCUGUUCACCUACCUUGAGAACCCCAAGAAGUACAUCCCCGGCACCAAGAUGGCCUUCGGCGGUCUGAAGAAGGACAAGGACCGCAACGACCUGAUCACUUUCCUCAAGGAGUCCACCGCAUAA